GGGCUGCGAGCUGUCGCCCUGCUACUGUCGGCCGCGUCCAGCCCGCAUCUACCCGCAUACGUAUCCUCUCACCCUUUCCUACCCUUCCAAAGCUGGCAUGCUACAAGCGUGUCGUGCACGCUCGAUACGGCAGACGUACAGCAGUUUUGUGGCUGGCUGCCCGGCGGACCGUACUCGAGUACGGAAAACCGAAGCCCCGGAAUAUAGCUCGUACUGUUUCGCAUGGGCGAUAUUGCAAGUGUAGAAUGAAUGGUAAGCGUGCCAGGGAAGCAUGCGAAAGGGAAGAACACCAGCAUAUGCUUGUCAACCGAUAUGCCAAACGUCGUGGAUCCUAUAAUUUUGCGUCGCUCCGCGCAGGCGCACCGUGAACUACGUUGCCGAGGUUAUACAUCUUGUAAUAAACAGCGACAAUGUCACGGAGUGUGUUGAGCAUUGCCGCAGCGCUGGCGCUCUUCGGCGCAGCGCACGCUGGCAUCACCGUGCGCCACCCAGAGAUUGCGGCGCUCUAUGGCUCAUCGCAGCCGGAGGCGGCAACGGGAUUUGCGGAGCUGGGCGGUUUUGCGCUGCCCAAGAACAGCUCAUACCUGCAGCCCCCGGCGGAGGGCAAGGCUGAGCAGGUCGUGGUCACCUACCAAAGCGCGGGCGAGGUGGUGAUCAGCUGGGUGGUGGGCCACUCGGCUGUGUGCAACGACCUCACGUGCGCGGCGGUGCCGAUGGCGCCCGCUGGCUCCGAUGUGGUACGGUACGGCACUUCCAGGAGCUCACUUAAGGCCCGGGCGUACGGCGCCGGCGGUUACUACACCCAGGACUACUACUUCCCCGCCAGCCUUAACGUGACGGGCGUGUCGGACAACACCCAGUUCAACUACACCAGCGGGCGCAUCUACAGCGCCCGUCUGACCGGCCUCAAGUCCGCCACCCGCUACUACUACAGCCUGGGCAAGGACUCGGCUGUGCGUUCCUUUAAGACCACCCCCCGCAAGGGAGCCUUCCCCGUGCGCAUCGGCUCGAUGGCGGACGUCAGCGUCUCCGUGAACGCGACUGAGACCAUUCGCAAGAUGGGUCUGUCCAACCCCGACCUGCUGCUCAUUGUGGGCGACUUCGCCUACGCCAACAUCUUUGACUUCCGCGGCGCCUUCAACUACGGCCCGGUGGUGUCCAACGGCCUUACCUACAGCUACCAGCCGCGCUGGGACACGCUGGGCCGCAUGCUGGAGGGCGUCACCGGGCGCGUGCCGGUGCUCACCACGCAGGGCAACCAUGAGAUGGAGCUGCAGUUGGACGGCUCCAUGUUCAAGGCCUGGCUCAGCCGCUUUGGGUGGAACUCUCCCUACAGCAAGAGCCAGGGCACGCCCUUCUACUACAGCGCCAACGUGGGCCCCGUGCAUAUGGUGUCCAUCAGUCCCUACGUUGAUUUCGUGCCGGGCACGCCCCAGUACGACUGGCUGGUGCGCGACCUGUCCUCCGUGGACCGCAGCGUCACGCCCUGGGUGGUGGCCAUGUGGCACGCGCCCUGGUACCAUACCUUCGUCAGCCACUACAAGGAGCUGGAGUGCCACCGCCUGGCGGUGGAGCCGCUGCUGUACAAGUACGGCGUCAACGUGGCGCUGCACGGCCACGUGCACGGAUACGAGCGCACCCUCAAGGUCUAUAACCAGACCGAGGACGCCUGCGGCACCGUGUACUUGACCGCCGGUAACGCCGGCGUGGGCCUCAACACCGAGUUCGCUGACUCCGACAGCCUCACGCGCUUCUCCCGCCCCACCUCUUACGACACGGCCUCCAACUGCACCCGGCCGGUGGUGACCAACGCCACGCUCGUCUACAUUGCGGGCGGCAAGAUCUGCCCCACCCGGGACCCCGUGUCUGGCAAGUACUGCCCUGACACCCAGCCUGCCUGGUCUGCCCGCCGCGAGGCCGCGCACGGCUUCGUAACGCUGGACUUCCUGACCCCCACACGCGCCGUCAUCAAGUACUUCCGCAACCUGGCCCCCGAUGGCGAGGCCACCGAGAGCGUGGAGCUCACUCGCGACCUCAGUUGCCCGAACCAGGCCCGCAAGCCUCGCUCCGUGCAACGGCAGUAGGCCACCUCGCUCAGAUGUGGCUGCUACGGCAGGAGCAUUUACAGAUUACAAGAGCUGAAGAGCUCGGUACGAGAGCUCUUGGCGCAACACGAGGCGCCCCAAAGAAGCUAGGGCCUUUCCGCACGGCUUUUCCUGGCAUUCGUGCAGACACUGUACGCGUGCGAACAUAAACCCACGUGCAUGCAACACCUUGGCGACUGUUCAAUGAGCACAUUGUGAGCCGCUUACGGACUCUGGUCAGCUAGGCGCCUGGGAGGAGUUGACUAUUCAUUCGGUAGCAAUAUUGUGCGCCCCCAGUUGGAUGUGGCCACACGGUGUGGCCAGGUGGCACGAGGUCGCACCCGUGGAGGGCACUGUAAUGAAUGAAGCGAGGAGAUGUGACCUAUAUCGUAUGUGGGUGGGCCGUGGGUCGGGCAAGGCUGGGGGCCUGCGGGGGAUUGGGUCAGCGGCACAGGUCAGCCAGGGUCACGGCACGGUCACUCGUGCCACGAGCUGGGAUGCAAGGCCAAGCCUCUCUCUGCAAUCAUCGCCGACCUGGAAUUCAUUAUCAAACAGUAUGUACGUGUUCACGCUUGGUGGCUCUUGGCGCAUCCAAGAGUUGACCGGAAGUCAACGAUG